AUGAGACAGAAGAGAGCCAAACAAUACAGAAAGCAGAUGCUUGUGUACCAGCACACCUUCAAAUUCAGAGAGCCCUACCAGGUCAUAGUGGAUGACGAAUUGGUGAUGGGAUGCUCCAAGGCAUCAUUUGACGUAGCCAAAGGGCUGACGAGAACUCUUCAAGCGGAGGUCAAGCCGAUGAUCACGCAAUGCUGCAUCCAGAAGCUCUACGAGAGCCGUGACCAGCACGCUAUCGACAUUGCAAAGACGUUUGAAAGACGUCGUUGUAACCAUCCACCCAAGGAUCCUGUUCCACCUCAUGAGUGUAUCAAGUCGAUCGUCAAUAUCAAUAAUGAGAAUAAACAUAGGUAUGUCGUGGCCACUGAUAACGAGAGACUGAGAUAUUCGCUGAGAAAGAUCCCCGGUGUUCCGUUGAUCUAUAUGAACAGGUCUGUGAUGGUUAUGGAGCCCCUAAGUAAAGCAAGUGCUCUGGUUUCAACGUCAAAGGAGAAGAACAAGUUGACUCAUGGCUUGAACAGUGUGAAGAGUGGCGUUGCCAACGCUGAGCAAGAUGACGAGACAGGAGAGACAGAGACGAAGAAGAAAAGGAAAGGACCAAAGCAACCAAAUCCUUUGAGCAUAAAGAAGAAGAAGGUGAAGUCAGGCGAGAAUGAGCAGCAGCAAACUACAGAGAAGACGAAGAAGAGAAGGAAAAGAUCUCAUAAGAAGAGAGAAGCUGGGCAAGAUGAAGGUGAAGGCAAAGGUGACGGUGACGGUGAUGGUGAAGGUGAAGGUGACGGUGAAGGCAAAGGUGAAAGCCAAGGUGAAAGCCAAGAUUAA